AUGAUGUCUGUGGAUUUGAAAAUUGCAGUAAUCUUCCUGGUCCAGAUUACCAUUGGAAUCCUGGGGAAUUUCUCACUCUUAUAUCAUUAUAUGUCCCUUUGCUUCAAUGGAGGUAGGUCAAGAUCCACAGAUGUGAUUUUCAGGCACUUGACUGUAGCCAACUCUUUGGUCAUUCUCUCGAGAGGAAUCCCGGAGACCAUGGCAGCUUUUGGGUUGAGAUAUUUUCUCAAUGACUUUGGAUGCAAAGUUGUUUUCUAUAUGCACAGAGUGGCCAGGGGUGUGUCCAUUGGCACUACCUGCCUCUUGAGUAUCUUCCAGGCCAUCACCAUCAGUCCCAGGAGUUCCAGGUGGGCAGAGAUGAAAGCAAAAGCCCUGAAGUACAUUGGCCCCUCCACCAUUUUGUGCUGGAUUCUGCACAUGUUGGUAAAUAUCAUAGUACCUAUGUAUGUGAUUAAAAAAUGGAGUAAUGAAAACAUCACAACUAUAGACUUUAAGUACUGUUCAGCUACACUUCAUGACAAAGGUACAGACUUCCUAUGUGCAACUGUCACAUCCAUCCCUGAUGUUUUGUGUUUGGUGCUCAUGUCCUGGGCCAGUGGCUCCAUGGUUUUCAUCCUUUACACACACAAGCAGAGGGUCCAACACAUUCAUAGGAACAACCUGUCAUCUAGAUUCUCCCCUGAGACCAGAGCCACUCAAACCAUCCUUGUUCUGGUAAGCACCUUUGUAUCUUUUUAUACCCUCUCUUCCAUCAUUUACAUUUGUUUUUCUUGUUUUGGCAAGACCACUUGGUGGCUUGUGAACACCUCUGCCUUAAUCAAUAUCUGUUUCCCAACUGUCAGCCCCUUUAUUCUCUUAAGUUGUAACCCCUGUGUAUCUAGACUCUUCUGUACAUGUACUGGAAGAAAUACACAACUACCCCAUCUCACCAGAAACAUAUAA